ACAUACGCAGAACAGUGCAGGGAGAAGACACAGCUACAGACGUAGAAGUAAGGAGUAGACGUUACUGUAUUUGAGCACAAGUGUGUUAAGAUGUCAGAGGGAGUCUAUGAAAACGCAGAUGGAUUUGAAGACAACAAAUCUGAUGCAAUAAAGAACACAGACAUUGAUGACCAAUUAUAUGGCAACGUAGGAGCCUUCAAACCCAGUCGAAGUGAUGGAGGUGUUGCUUCAGAGCCUGAUAGCUCAGGGAAGAGACCCUUCCUAGUUGUUGCAGUGGUUCUGGGGCUGCUGUGUGUUCUACUGGCUGGGAUCAUAGGCCUGUCUGUCUACUAUAACAGAGUCAUCAAAGAUUCUGAGGAUAAAAGGAACAACUUGUUCCAGAGUUUCUCCCUUUUUAAAAUCAACGCAACUGAAGAGAGAGACCAGUUACAGACCAGAUACAACAACUUGACUAAAGAGAGAGACCAGAUACAGACCAGAUACAACAACCUGACUAAAGAGAGAGACCAGAUACAGACCAGAUAUAACAUCCUGACUACAGAGAAAGGCCAUAUUCAGGCAAAGCUUUUUGUGAUAGAGCAGCAUUGUCAGGAGGGAUGGAGAUACUUUGACUCCAGUUUGUACUUCCUGUCUACUGAGAAGAAAACCUGGAAGCAGAGCAGAGAGGACUGUAAGGGGAGAGGAGCAGACCUGGUGAUCAUAAACAGUAGAGAGGAACAGACAUUUGUCUUCAACCUCCACCUGAGAGCCUGGAUUGGUCUGACUGACUCUGUUACUGAGGGGACCUGGAAGUGGGUGGACGGCACAACACUGACCACAGGGUACUGGGGGAAAGGACAGCCUGAUAAUGGUGGUCCGCUCCUUGGGCAGGAGGACUGUGUUGAGAUUUACUAUGGACAAGCUGAUCCUGUACAGACAUGGAAUGAUGACAAAUGUGGCUCAAAUCAUGACUGGAUCUGUGAGAAAGAGGUGUAACAAUAACUCUCUCUCUCUCAGUUAUUAUGUUGAUGGUUGGAUACAGUGCUGAAUGGUUAAGUAAUGAUUCCACCUAUUGGUUAAAGUGAGAGAUGAACAUACCAAAGAGAUUAAAUAGUUGUAUUACAGACUUUAAUGCACCCUUACUUGAUUCCUCCUCACAUCUUCUCUCGUCCCCUCUGUCUCAAAACACAUUGGACAAUAGAAUCCUAGGGGAGGGACCUUGGACCUUCUCCUCUAAUAGGGUUGAGAAGGAGGAGAAGAGAAAGGAGGAGAGGAAUCUAGGAAAGACGAAUUGAGAUAGAGCCUUAGUGUCAGAGAGAGAAAGGGGAGUAAGAAGAAAAUUAAGAGAAUGAGGAAGAGAAAAAAUAAGACAAAUAAUUGUUGUGUUUAGAUUAAGAGGAGAGAAUGUAGACAUACUGUACUCUGUAAAAUGAUUCUUCAUUAUUUUUUAUUAGAAACAUGUCAUGUGAUUUGCCAUAGGCUUAUGCUUAUUAAAAAACAAGUGAGUCCAA